AUGGUGACACCGCAGAUACUGAAGCCAGAUAUCAUUGGUCCUGGAGUUAACAUAUUGGCCGCGUGGUCUGAGGCUAUUGGUCCAACCGGGUUGGUUAAAGACCCGAGGAGGACUGAGUUCAACAUCAUGUCAGCCCAAGACAACACCAACUCAUCUCUCCUUGAUGCAACCAAUGGCUCACCAUCGAACCCAUGGGUACAUGGCGCCGGCCACGUUGACCCUCACAAAGCUCUUUCUCCGGGGCUAAUAUAUGACAUCUCCGUCGAAGAAUACAUAGCCUUCUUAUGCUCACUCGGCUACACCAUUGAUCAGGUUAACACCAUUGUCAAGCGCCCUAAUAUUACAUGUUCCAAGAGUUUCAAAGACCCUGGUGAACUCAAUUACCCAUCAUUUUCUGUUUUGUUUGGCGAAAAAAGGGUUGUUCGAUACAGUCGUGAAUUGACAAAUGUUGGCCCUGCAAGGUCGAUAUACAAAGUGACCGUGAAUGGCCCAUCAUCUGUUAGGAUUUCAGUAAGGCCCCGGACUCUCGUCUUUAGGCAUGUCGGGGAGAAGAAGAGAUACACUGUGAGGUUUGUAGCUAAGAGAAGGAAGAGAUCAACAGUUAGAUCUGAAUUCGGUUCAAUAGCGUGGGGCAAUGCUCAAAACCAAGUGAAGAGCCCAGUUGCUUUCUCAUGGGCAUUACUGUAA